GCUGGCCUCCAGCAGCCACAGCCAUUGACCAAGCCGUCGAGUUCUGGGUCGUUGACUUUGAAUACGGGGAGAGUCCGCGCAGAGUUUCAGUCAAGCACAAUGUCCAUGAGGAGUGCACCUGGGAGGACUUUGGCGAGGAGACAUAUUUUGUGGACGACCCGCGAGGUUUCGCCACCAUUGCGCCCGCAGUGCCAGGAGGCGCCCAAGUGCACCUCAGCACCAUCGUAGAGCGAGUUGUCCAAGCUCCAGACCAUGCGGAGGCGAUUUGUCGUGAUGGAAGACGAAUUUGUGCCCGAGCGGUUCUGUGCACAGUGAGUAUUGGAGUCCUAAAUGCUGCUGACAUUGCGUUCGAACCGCCGCUGCCAAGACGAAUGACCGCGGCACUUAGCUCCAUGACCAUGUGCAACUACACCAAGGUUUUUGUCAAGUUUGGAGGUUCCUUAUGGGAUGACACUGUCCGCUAUGCUGUCCGUGCUGGGCCACCUCGUGGCCGAUACGUGGUCUGGCAACCACUAGAGGCUGACCUGGCAGUUGUCACCAUCACAGGGGAUGAGGGGCGCCGGGCGGAGCAGCUGCCAAAGGAGGAAUUGAAGCGCGAGCUGGCCGUUGUGCUGGCAGAGAUGCAUGUGGACCCACCGGCCAUCUUAGAAGUCGAGGUGACGCGCUGGUCUUCUGACCCGUUUUUCAGGGGUUCCUACUCUUUCCUGCCCACGAACUCCAUGGCGGGUGACAGCUGGGAAGUUGUCAACGCCAGACACGACAGGCUCUUCCUGGCCGGAGAAGGGCUCCACCCAAGAUGGUCUGGAUAUCUACAAGGAGCUUUGGCGUCUGGGCAGGAGAAGGCGCAGGAAGUCGAGCUGUUUCUGAGGUCAGAUACCUUCAACACGGCUGAGUGCGAUGAAAAAUGCCUGUCCGCUAAAGUUGUUGCAGCUAUUUGGUGUGUGACGGACAGAGAUGACAUGGGCGGCACGAAGUGGGUGCUGGAAUGGCCUGGCCAGGUGGUCAUCUGCAUUGAUAACGUCUACUGGACUCAAGAGGUAGCGGCCGCCAUUGAGGCUGGAAAGCUGGAUGCCUACUACAAGAAGAGCGUGGAACAGCUCAGCGGCCUGGUGAACUUGGUGCGGGGCGACCUGUCAAAGCUAUCCAGGCAAACUCUCGGGGCUCUGGUGACGAUUGACGUGCACAACAGAGAUGUAGUGUUGAGCCUGAAGGACGCCAAGAUAUCCAGCUCAAAGGAGUUCGACUGGAUAGCACAGCUGCGGUACUACUGGCGUCAGAAAGGCUCCAUCACGUUGAAGGAUACGGGCAAGCCCAGCACUGUGGACAAGUGCGAGGUUUCCAUCAUCAAUGCCACCCUGUACUAUGGCUUUGAGUAUCUGGGUAACAGUGACAGACUGGUUAUCACGCCCCUGACUGACCGCUGCUACCGUACGCUUAUGGGUGCCUUCCACCUGUACUACGGCGGAGGGCCAGAAGGCCCUGCUGGCACCGGAAAGACGGAAAGCACCAAGGAUCUGGCGAAAGCUGUGGCUGUGCAGUGUGUGGUAUUCAACUGUUCAGACGGCCUGGACUACAUUGCCAUGGGCAAAUUCUUCAAGGGUAUUGCUUCCUCUGGAGCCUGGUGCUGUUUCGAUGAGUUCAACCGCAUCAACCUCGAGGUGCUGUCCGUGGUGUCGCAGCAGGUGCAGACAAUCCAGUUCGCCAUCCGAGACAAGAGAGAGACUUUUUGGUUCGAAGAGAUGGAGAUCAGGUUGGUACCCUCCUGCGCGGUGAACAUCACCAUGAAUCCAGGCUUCAGCGAGCGCGUAAGAGCAGUCAUGUUGACAGUGAAGGUUAGCACAAGAAAGUUGAUCUCAGUGGCAGUCUUGAUGAUGUGGCAAAGAAUGAAACUCUGCCUCCUCUUGCGCCACUACGACGGAGAUCACUCUUCCUAG